AUGGACCACGCCGCCCAAGCCCUCGAGGUUGCGCACAACAUAUACGCCCGCGCCAACGAGACAACGACAGAAGACCCGACCAAAGAGACGAGGCCUCCGGUGUUCAAGGUCAUUGGUAUAUCCCUGGCGAUUGCGUCCGGCGCUUUCAUCGGUACAUCGUUUGUGUUGAAGAAGGUCGGGCUGCUGAAGGCCAAUGAAAAGUACAACGAGGUCGCCGGCGAGGGUUAUGGAUACCUCAAGAACUUCUACUGGUGGUCCGGCAUGACGCUGAUGAUCAUCGGCGAGAUCUGCAACUUUGUCGCCUAUGCCUUCACCGACGCCAUCUUGGUCACCCCGCUGGGUGCCCUGUCCGUCGUCAUCACCACCGUUCUCUCGGCCAUCUUCUUGAAGGAGCGGCUGAGCAUGGUCGGCAAGGUCGCCUGCUUCCUCUGCAUCGUUGGGUCCGUUGUUAUUGUCAUGAACGCGCCAGAGGAGUCAUCUGUGGCCAAUAUCCAGGAGAUGCAGAAGUUCGUCAUUGCGCCAGGCUUUCUCAGCUACACGGGAGUCAUUCUGAUAGGCUCCGUCAUCACCGCCUUCUACUGCGGCCCGAGAUGGGGCAAGAAGAACAUGAUGGUUUAUAUUUCCAUUUGCAGUUGGGUAGGAGGCCUGAGUGUGGUGGCCACCCAGGGCCUGGGAUCUGCCAUAGUAGCACAGGCUCAGGGCCAGGUGGAGUCCCAGUUUAAGCAGUGGUUCCUCUACGUCUUGUUCGUCUUUGUUAUAGGGACGCUGCUGACGGAGAUUAUCUUCCUCAACAAAGCACUGAAUCUUUUCAAUGCGGCCAUGGUCACCCCCACGUACUACGUCUACUUCACGAGCACGACCAUUAUCACGUCUGCCGUGCUCUUCCAAGGUUUCAAGGGCACGCCGUCAUCCAUUAUCACCGUGGUCAUGGGAUUCCUGGUCAUUUGUUCCGGGGUCGUGCUGCUGCAACUGUCCAAGUCGGCCAAAGAUGUGCCCGACACCGCCGUUUUCAAGGGAGACCUGGAUCAGAUACACACCAUUGCAGAGCAGGCUCAGCCCGAGACGGAGCCAAAAGCCGACGCCAUUCGAGGAGCAGCUGCCAUUGUGCGAAGGAUCUCCGUUGCACGCCAGAAGAUGGAAGCUGAGGAGCUGAAACGCCUGCAUGAAGAGAAGGAAAGGGAACGCCUAGAGACCCUCAGUGAAGACGGUACGACACAGUAUGAAUGGGAUGGCAUCCGGAGGAGAAGGACAACUAUGGCCAGCCAGCGGAGUAUGAGCCAGAGGAGCCAAGCUGCAUCCUCGAUCAACCCUUUCACGCAUCCACACGCCAUGCCCUUCUCCGCCCCUCCGAGGACACCGCAUCUGCCGCUUGGCAUGUCGCAGUUUCCCAGCGAGGAGGAGAUGGAGGAGGAGCGGAACCGCCAAGCGUCCCCGGGUCUGUUGUCGAGCAUUGCUGGCACGAUUCGGAGCCGGGGACGGAGCAUUCUGCUCCCCGGGCAUCCCGAUUUUAGGGAUGCCCAGAACGACCAGAAGAUGCAGAGCCCGAUGCACCCCGUUCAACUGACCGACAUCGCAGUCCCGAGCCAGAAAGCCGGGAACGAAGCUGAGCACGUCUAUGGCCUCCCCGAUAGCCUUCGUCGAACCACCGAGUACGGAGGCGCCGCGGAAGCCUUGGCAAAGAGUUCUGCCAGCUUAGCGUCCGGUGGCACUGGACGUCACAUCCAGUUUGGAAAGGCCGGCGACAGCAGCACAUCACUCGCCGUACCGCCGACGCCCCCGGCGCACAGAGGGGACGGCCAAUCAGCUCGUCGGCAGUUCUCGUUCCAAAAUGUGUUCCGUCGGCAUCAGACUGACGCAGCACAGGAACCAGAAGCGCACCUGCCUUCGUCGAUCCUGAAGCCAUCGAGCCGCGCAGGCUUGGGAAGCCGGGGAUACUCAAGCCCACAGGUCAAGGACUCGACGGAGGAGGAAAGGCUGGGUCUUGUUAAGGGCGACUCUCAUUCCAUGCCGGUGUUGGACCGUUAUGAUGAUGAUGACGAGGACGAUGAUCCCGAAGUAUACCUCGAGGAGAAGCGAGCCGCGCGAUAUGGAAGGGGAAUCACAAAUAGUCCCCCACGGCGAGGCAAUGAUGAUCAGGAUCCUGAAUAUGCGGAAUGCGCCGGCUGGGUCGACAUUGCAUUGCGCACAACAAGGGAUUGUAUCAUAGAUAUGCACGUAGAUACGGCAGCCGAAACGGCGGUCGCUGCAGUAGGAUACAUUGGGAAAGCAGAAGGCUUCGGUGAAGCCUGA